ACGUCUUGGCAAACCGUGUUGAUUCGAAAUUCGAUCAUCCAACGGCUGAACGUCGCGGCCCUUGGCCCCCGGUCCGAUAUCGAGCUGUCAUGCCCCCGUAUCUAAAGUCGUGCUGAUCUAGAGAAACAAGAGCAACGGUGGCAUCCCCAACGAUGGCGAGCACCACCGCCGUUGGCAGCAAUCCGGAGAACACCUCCAAGUUUCUGGAAGUCCUUCAGUCAGAUCUCAAAGUACUUGCCUCGGAGACUAAGAAGAAGUACCCGCAAAUCAAGGAGUCAUGCGAGGAAGGAAUCACAAAGUUAAGAACAGCCUCAAAUAACCCAGGGACACCAAUAUAUUAUAUUGUAAAUCAAAUACUUUAUCCUAUAGUUCAAGGUUGUGAGAGUAAGGACAUAAAAAUUAUCAAGUUUUGCCUAAGCAUGAUGCAAAGGCUAAUAACACAACAAGCAGUGGAUCAGAAAGGUGCGCGAUAUAUUACAGAUGCUUUGUGGUUAUUAAUGGAAUCAGGUACAGAAGAAGUUAAAGUUUUGCAGACUGUAACGUUAUUACUUACAAGUAAUGCCGUAGUACAUGGAGAUACCCUGGCAAGAAAUUUGGUACUUUGUUUUCGGUUACAUUUCACAAAAGACUGUACAACGAUAAAUACAGCCGGUGCUACUGUAAGACAACUGGUGUCUUUGGUAUUUGAAAGAAUAGUUGCCGAAGAUGAGCAAGGUUCUGAUCAACCAGAAUCUGAUGAAGUAAAUUUAGAGGAAUUGAAAAUUCCAACGAAUCAAGCGCCUAAAGGUCUCGGUCCUUGCGCUGCAGAUGCAUAUUUAAUGUUUCAGGAUCUAGUACAAUUAGUGAAUGCUGAUCAACCAUAUUGGCUAAUAGGCAUCACUGAAAUGACAAGAACUUUUGGUUUGGAAUUGCUAGAAUCGGUUUUAACAAACUUUUCGUCAGUUUUUUUUAAACAUCUAGAGUUUAGCUUCUUAUUGAAGGAGAGAGUAUGUGCACUUGUGAUAAAACUGUUUUCGCCUAACAUCAAGUAUCGUAAUUCAGUACCAGCAUCUUUGCAACAAGCUACGCCUUUAGAUAAACCUUAUUUUCCUAUUAGUAUGAGGCUAUUGCGAGUUGUGUCGAUUUUAAUACAGAAAUACCAUUCCUUAUUGGUGACAGAAUGUGAAAUAUUUUUAUCCUUAAUUGUGAAAUUUUUGGAUCCUGAUAAACCUACCUGGCAGAGAGCUUUAGCAUUGGAAGUUUUGCACAAAAUGACAGUUCAAGCAGAUUUGCUAACAAACUUCUGCGAAUGUUAUGAUUUGAAGCCACACGCUACAAAUAUUUUUCAAGAUAUUGUCAAUAGCUUAGGUGCAUAUGUACAUAGCCUCUUUGUAAAUCCACACAUGAUGAGUCAGCCAGCAGCAAAUUCAACUAUACCUCAAAGCACAGGUUCACCAUUAUUCACAGGAAUGCCUGUUGGACCUGGCGUAUCGCCUCAACCCGGUUUUUAUUCACGCGGUAUUUGGUUACCAGUAGUAGCAACAUUUAUAAGCGGACAAGCUAAGCCAACUUAUUUGGAAAUGUUGGACAAGGUUGAACCGCCACAAAUACCGAUCGGUUAUGGCAUCAGCAUAGCUUAUGCAUGUUUAUUAGACAUCAUAAGAUCGAUCGCAUUGGCUAUAAAUGGAUUGAAAGACGAUAAUAACGAAAAUCAGAUCUAUCAACCGAGUGAAUCCGAACAAAAACUUCACGUACAAUUACUAAACUCUAGUUGGUGCGGUCUACUGGCAGCUCUCAGCCCGUUAAUAGAUGCCAGCACGGACGAAUCGGCAACAGAAAAUGUUUUAAAAGCAAUUCAAACUUUUGCGUCUCUUUGCGGUCAAUUAGAUUUGCAAGCGCCACGUGAUGCCUUUAUUACUGCGAUAUGUAAAGCAUCUCUACCACCUAAUUAUGCCUUGACUGUACUGUACAAUGCACCUCAAGGCAUACCAAUCGCGAGACAGCAAGAUUCGACUCAAUACAACUUAACAAUAGGCGAGCCUGAUUAUAGGCAGCAAGUAGUAGCCGUUGGUACGCCACUACCAACAGCAUCUUUACCAAUUGGUGCUCAUCAAGGUCCCGUUAUGUUGACUGCAAAAAAUCUGCAAUGCAUGCGAGCACUAUUAUCAUUAGCCCAUUGUCACGGUAGCAUACUUGGUAGCGCAUGGCAUUUGGUACUUACUACUCUUCAACAUCUUGUUUGGAUACUUGGUCUAAAGCCUUCUACAGGCGGAUCAUUGAAAGCUGGAAGAACCGCAGCUGAUCCAAACGCCGUGUUAACAAACGCGGUUAUGGCAGAUUUACCUGUACUCAGCGCUAUGCUUAGUAGAUUAUUCGAGAGCAGUCAACACCUCGAUGACGUUGCCUUGCAUCAUUUGAUAGAUGCUUUAUGUAAACUGAGCCAUGAGGCUAUGGAACUAGCGUAUUCGAAUCGUGAACCUUCUCUGUUUGCGGUUGCUAAACUUCUAGAAACAGGCUUAGUAAACUUAUCACGUGUGGAAGUGCUCUGGAGACCAUUAACAAAUCAUUUAUUGGAAGUAUGCCAACAUCCGCAUAUUCGUAUGAGAGAAUGGGGCGUGGAAGCAAUUACGUAUCUUGUCAAGAUGGCUCUUCAACAUAAAUACCCACAACCACUUCGCGAUAAUCAGAAGUUACAAACAUUACUAUUAGGACCGUUGUCCGAGUUAUCAUCAGUACGUCAUGGAGACGUUAGACAACGACAGUUAGAAUGCGUUUUACAAGUGCUUCAUGGUGCUGGGGAGACAUUGUAUCAUGGUUGGCCUUUAGUUCUCGGUAUUAUAGGAGCAGUUUCUGAUCAUCACGGAGAAGCUUUAGUGCGCAUAGCGUUUCAAUGUUUACAAUUAGUUGUAACCGAUUUUUUACCAGUUAUGCCUUGGCGAUGUCUUCCACUAUGCGUCGAUACAGCUGCUAAAUUUGGAUCGCAGACACAAGAAUUAAAUAUUUCACUCACAGCUGUCGGUCUAAUGUGGAACAUAAGUGACUAUUUCUAUCAGAAUCAAGAAAAAUUGUGUAUUUGCUUGCGUGGAGAUUCGUCAUCGGUAUUUCCCGAUUUUCCUGGUACGACAAACAUGCCAUCGUUUGAUAAACUCUGGAUGUGUCUUUAUGCAAGAUUGGGUGAUUUAUGCGUCGAUUCACGACCCGCUGUACGUAAAUCAGCGAGUCAAACUCUAUUCUCAACCAUUUCUGCACACGGUAGUCUUUUGCAUCAACCUACGUGGCAAGCUGUGCUCUGGCAAGUAUUAUUUCCACUUUUAGACAAAGUAAGAAGCUUGUCAAAUUCAGCUAGCAGCGAAAAAGUCGAUACCAGUGGCAACAUACUUAUUCAUCACAGUAGAAAUACAGCACAAAAGCAAUGGGCAGAAACGCAGGUUUUAACAUUAAGCGGAGUAGCUAGAGUAUUUAAUACAAAACGACAACUGUUGCAAAUGUUAGGAGACUUUCCGAGAGCAUGGUCAUUGCUCCUUGAAUUUAUCGAGAAUUCUGCGCUUAGUAAAAACAAUGAGGUAUCAUUAGCGGCAUUGAAAUCAUUUCAAGAGAUCCUCUUUCAACCGAAAGGAAGCGACAAUACUGAAGUGAUUCAGUCAAACGAUUCAGAAGGCUUAUGGACAGUGACAUGGCGCGUAUGGCUCAAUAUUGGGAUGGAAAGUACUGCACCACCACAAGAAGGUGACACCGAUCCUUAUGUGCCAUCCCAGGCAUUUUUAACUGCGCUCAUGCAUAUAUUCCCAGGUGUUUUCCAGCACAUUAGAAACAAGUUUAUUGGCCCUGAUCUGCAAAAAUUAUGUAUUGUCCUGAAGAAUGCAGUUGCUGUUCCAGUACACGGUGAAUCAACACCAUACAUCUUGCCAUCGAUGCCUGAUGUAGUUCUCACUCAUUUACAAGACGAAGUGUUACAUUCUAUGGAACUUUUACAAAAAGAAGCGUUAAACGGUCCUGAAAAUUUGCGCACAAUGAUUGUAUUGAUAUUUCUUCAGUUGCUAAGCUUCUCGAAGCUGGCGUGCGAAGCCCCAACAUAUGGCAAAAUACCCACAAAACACAUUUCUCAGGUUAGAGGUGUGUCCGCUGACUGGAUUACGAUGAAUUAUGUUCCGUUUGGCGAAAAAGCUCUGUCGAUGGUAGUGAAUUUGUAUCAGAAGACUGCGCAUGAAAUGGCCGUAAUCGAUGGUCAAGUGCUAAAGCACAUUGUAGAAGCGCUACACGUACCAUUAGCUAUGAAAUAUGCAUGCCCGUCUGCGACCACAUGGAAAUUGGCCGUGACUAGUCUUUUAGCCGUCUUGCACACUGGGCUGCCACUUGCCAGAAAAUAUCCCGAGCAAUUCCAGAGUAUGUGGCUUGAACUCGCGAGCACGCUAGACGAUUUCUUGUUUCCUAAAAGUGUACUGAAUGUAGAACGAGGGGUGGAAGAGAUUCAGGCUGACGAGGCGGUAGAUUGUCAAGUUAUGGAGUUGCUGAGAGACGAAGUAUUACCGCAUUCUCAGCACAUACCUCAUCAAUUUAUACUGAGAGUGGUUAUGCUAUUAAAUAAAGGUUCUAUACAUUCAGCCACCACAGCAAAUAUCGAAAAUGGAGCAGAAACGAAGUUACGGGAAGAAUUCGCGAAAACUUGCUUUGAGACUUUGUUGCAAUUUUCUUUGUUAGAUGGAUUGGAUAAUGAUGCGGAAAAUAGUCCUAAAAAAAGUUCGGAAAGUGACGAAGGUGGAAUUGCUGGGCGUUUAGCAGUUACGGCUCUUCUACACAGAUUUCAAGAAGUUCUACGGCGUUAUAUUGAAAGCGAGAGACGGAAUGGAAAAUGCCCCUUACCUAGGUACAGGUUGUCGGAAAUAUCGUUUGUUCUGAAAGCUGUUGCCACUCUCGUAAUAUCGCUCAAAAAAGCACCUCCCAAUAAAGUUGAAAGAUCAGUUUGGGAGCAGCUGAUUGGAUUAUAUCCAUGCUUAGUAGAAUGCACGAUUGCGACUACUUCUGGUCAAGUGUCUAGGUCUUUGCGAGAAGCUCUGUUACAAUAUCACGAUUUAUUACGGGCACCGAUUCAUAAUACGCCAACCCCUAAUGGCGUUUGACCAAUACAUUCUUUUUUUUUCACUGCGGAUUUGCACUAAAAGUUGAAGUAUAGGGUGAAUAAUUUGUUUAUGUAAUGUUCUGAUGCGUGAUAAAAUAAAUGUGAGAGUAUCGAUUUCCUGAUGUAAUACAAGGUGUGUUCGGAGAGCUAUUAACGCUAUUUCAUUCUAUCCUUGUUUUAUGUCUAAUAAACAAUGUGAAAGUAGAAUAACACGGAUAGCGCAUCUCCCCGAACACAUUUAUAAAAGGAUAAUGAAUUUACCACAUAAUUACGCUUUACUGGUAGAAAUAUCAUGUUAAGUUCUUUGUUAUUAGCGUAAUUUCAGUAGUCGCGUACAAUAUCUUUUUCUCUCUCUUUCUCUAUCUCUCUCUCCCCUCUUUUUCUCUUUCUUCCUCUCUUCU